AUGCCGGACAAAGCGAUGAUCACACAAAAGCAACAGGUCAGAAUAAGUGAUGAGAUCACCCCAAGCAAUGAAGAUAGAAAGGUUGAUGAGAGCACGCAGGCGGCCAAAGGUCACAUACGCUGCGCCUACACGAUAAAACACCCUCACAUCCCUGACUCCAUCAACAACUUCAAACAGCCAGCACAUCGCCAACAACUGCGUCUGUGUCAAGUUAGCACCAGCAUCACCAGCCUCACAGCUACUGCUAGUAGUCAAACUGGAGAAUGGCUGUACAAGACAUGUACCAAUGACUCCUGGUGCCACGGUCAGUAUGAUCUCAACACACUGUGUGUCAACAACUUCUGUGUAUGUAAGCCUGGCUUCUAUUACUCCACUGGAGGAAACACCUGUGUUAGUACUUGCUUGGACAAGGAUGUUCUGAACGAUGUGCUGGACUAUCCUAACCACGUCAUUGCCUUUCCACUAAUACCAUCGAUGCCUCCGGCUGAUUCUCUCGAUGUUUGUAAAGACGCGUGUUACUCUAACGUCCGCUGCCGUUUCUUCAAUUACUGUAAAAUAUUUAAAGUGUGUUUUUUUUUCAUCCUCACAUCGACAACUGUGACCUGGCCCAGUCUUCAACAAUCCACUAACUGCAGUGUCUACAUCAGGACCUGCGCAUGAGUGCAACACGCGACAGGAACGAUCAUGAUGUCAAAAAUACUGAAAUACGGAAAUAACUGGGUUCAGUGCUGAAGGGGCGAAUGUUCGAAGUGCUCCGAAGUCCCCCUGUACACUUAUCUUUUCCACAUCGUGACUUUUCCCAUCGUAGUUUUGAAAUGUGGUGGAUCAGCAUCAAACGGGAAAUUGGCGGGUGG